UGCUUCUUCACCUCCUUCCUCUUCUUGGCGAUCGUGCCUGCCGAUUUAUCGCCUUCAUUGCAGCACAAGCAGUUGAUUGGAGAGAACUCAGUCAUAAGGCAAGCGAAUGAGAAGCUGAAUUCAAUUAAGCAGGAAGUCGAUGGGGGAGUGAAAUUGCCUGCUGGAAUUAUUUUGAAAGAUAAACACUAUCACGAGACAACAGCCAAUGACGUAGGAAAUGACCAUACUGGGGGUUUGCGAGGUGAUGGUGCAGAUGAGGAAUUUCAGUCGCAGGAUAUAGCUAAUUUUCCUGAUCAAAAGGAGAAAUCUACUCUGGUAUCAACAGGAGAACAAAGUGGAAUCCAUGUGAAACAACCAUUAAUAAGUGAGAAGGUGAGUGAGAUGGAAGAUCAGCUAAUCACCGCAAAGAUGUACUUGCAAUUUGCUCCACCAAAUAGCAAUUCCCGUUUAGUAAGAGAGCUGAAAGUAAGAAUAAAAGAGAUUCAAAAGGUACUUGGUCAGGGCAGAGGUUCAAAUUUACCAAGAAACGCUUUACAGAAAAUGAGAGCCAUGGAAGAUACUUUGUCCAAGGCCAACAAAGCUUAUCCAGAAUGCUCUGCUAUGGCAUCGAAGCUACGUGCUAUGACUCAAAAUUCUGAAGAACAACUAAGAGCGCAGAAGAAUCAAGCUUCUUAUCUCAUCCAGCUUACCGCCAGCACCUUCCCUAAAGGUCUUCACUGUCUAUCCAUGCGGCUUACCACACAAUACUUCGCUACAGAUCCCAAAGUUUGGCAGUUUCCUAAUAAAGACAAAAUGCAGAAAAAAAAUUUAUAUCAUUAUGCCAUUUUUUCUGAUAAUAUUUUAGCGUGUGCCGUGGUGGUGAACUCAACCAUCUCUUCUUCUGCUGUACCUGACAAAAUUGUCUUUCAUGUUGUGACUGAUUCUCUUAACUUCCCAUCAAUGAUGAUGUGGUUUCUGUUGAAUCCACCUGGUCAAGCCACAAUCGAGAUUCAAAACAUCGACAAGCUCAAAUCACUCCCUGAUGAUUUUACUUCAAUGAUUAAGCAGUCGGGUGUACGAGAUCCAAGAUUCAUUUCCCCACUCAAUCAUCUCCGCUUCUAUUUGCCAGAAAUCUUUCCUUACCUAAACAAGAUUUUACUUUUGGAUCAUGAUGUUGUGGUUCAGAAAGAUCUCAGGGGGUUAUGGAAAAUGGAUAUGAAGGGAAAAGUCCUUGGAGUGGUUGAGACAUGCGGGAAAGGUGAUGCAUCUCAUCGGUUGGAUAUGCUUGUUGACUUUUCUGAACCAACCAUUGCAAAUAAUUUUGACGCUGAGGCAUGCCUGUGGGCAUUUGGGAUGAAUAUCUUUGACUUGCAUGAGUGGCGAAGACGUGGGUUAACUCGAGUUUACAAUAAAUGGCUUCAACUGGUAAGGAAGGAGCAAUCAUGGAAGGCAGGAAGCUUACCAUUGGGCCAGCUCACAUUUUACAACCACACAUUAGCUUUCGACAGGAGAUGGCACUUGGUUGGCCUCGGACAAGAUUCAGGCAUCGAUGGAAAAGAGAUCGAGAGGGCAGCAGUCAUCCACUACAAUGGAUACAUGAAACCAUGGCUUGAGAUUGGUAUUCAGAGAUUCAGAGGUUACUGGAACAACUUCCUCAAUUACGAUCAGCCGUAUCUGCAGCAAUGCAACAUUCAUGAGUAGGAUUAGUCACAUUUCCCAUUCUUUCUCUUCUUCUCAUGUAAACUAAUAGAGCUCAUCCCAAUUCUUUUUCGGUAGACCCCCGACAGAAUAAGAGUGCUCCUUUCGAGUUCUCUUUUCCCCUUUACUUUCUUAUUACCCGCAGGAUUGGUUCAUGGUUCUUGUAAGAAUAUGUUAACAUGUACAUUUGAUUCGAAAAUUUUCUGAUUACUUCUGGUCAUGUACUCAUAAAGAUAUUGUCUCAAAUUGCAUGGAAGGAUGAUUUGUACAUGUGGAAUGUACUGAUCCAAUACUUGAGGAUGAAAGUUCUGAUGAAAGUUUUCCU